AUGCCAAGACGUGAAGCAAUUCGGACGUUACUAAAUCUGCAAGAUCCAACUAAUGCUACCAAACUUGGUGCUUGUCUUCCUACUCCUCCUCCUACUGAUUGUAGUGACAGUUGUAGUGGUAAUUGUGGUUGUAAUUGUGUUGGUCCUCCUGGUUGUGUUGAUGAAGAUCUCAUAUAUAUAAAUGAACGUUUACAAUUAAAAGUACAUAUGAAUCAUGAAGAUGCAUUAAAUUCAAUUAUCGAAUUAGAAAAUUAUUAUACGGGACUCAAAAAUAAUUUACAUGGUUCACCAUCAGAAAUGGUUGAUGAAGCCUGGCAUGCACAUAUAUUAAAUACGCUAAUGUACUUUCGUUUUUCUACGGCAGAAUUUGGUUCAUAUCUGCAUCAUAUACCAUUUUGGUCUGGUAUACCAUCACCUGGGUCACUUGGUCUAGUACAACGUGUUGUUACAAAUUGA